ACCACGCCCCCCCCUCGGCUCUGACGCGCGUCUCGUCCAGAAGGAGAGUGGAAGCGCCGCACGGAAAAGAUUAUAUCUAUCCCCCGCCACGGUAAACACAUUGCAGUUUGGUUCCUGAAGUGCUCGGUAUUGUGUUAGAGUCUCCACUACUUGGGUCUCUUGUCGGUCUGGUGUCCCGGUGUGCAGCGACUUGUUGGAAGAGCGUGACCAAAGUUGGCCUCAAGGUUCCAACCAUCAAUGGUUUGAAGGGUUGAGUAGGACACACCGUCAACAUGGGGGCAGUGGUCUCUCGGUGGAAGAGCAAACCUUCGACUGUGGACGUUUUGGAAGGCAUCGAUAAGGAUAUUCACAAAUUGGAAGAACAUGGUGAACAGUACCAUAAGCAGCUGAAAGUCUGGGUGGGACGCCUGCUGAUGUACUCGUGUCUGCUCUACCUCAUCACAUGUGCUGUCGUGUAUUUGUGGUACCUUCCGGAGCAAACCAUAGGGCGGGUGAUACUGGCCCUGCCCUUUGUCGUAUUCCCGUUAUUAGUGUGGCUGCUCCGAAAGAUGCUAAUAGCUCUCUGUGCGUGGAGAACAAGGCGAAACGAUGAAAAAUUAGAGGAACUGAAAGUGCAAAAAAGGAAAAUACUGGAAGACGUUAUGGAGACCGAGACCUACAAGAAUGCUAAACUUAUUCUGGAGAGAUUUGAUCCGGACUCCAAGAAAAUAGAGCUGAAUUCCUCCUUCAAUUCCAUGCAGAUGACUCCAAAACCCGGACAAGAUCUCCGCCAGCGCCACGUGGCCCCGCCCACCAUCACCACCACCACCGCAGCGGGGGGGGCGAGCCCGGCCAACGCCGCCGCCCGGCCCCCACUGGGCCUGGGGCCCGCCUACGCCGGCCGGUCCCUCCACGGGGCUCCGGGCGGGCCCCCAGAGAGGACCCUGUCGGCGGCAGCCGCUCAGCAGAGCCUGAUGAGGAGGCCCCUGACCCCUGGCACACCUGCUCCGGGAGUGGGCAUGCAUCCCCCCGGGCCGCCCCUGGCCAGACCGGUGCUCCCCCGGGACCGGGGAACCAUGGACAGGGUCAUCGAGUACCUUGUUGGAUACGGACCGCAAAACAGAUAUGCGCUCAUAUGCCAGCAGUGCCUGUCCCAUAACGGCAUGGCAUUAAAGGAGGAAUUUGAAUAUGUUGCCUUCCGCUGUGCCUACUGCUUCGUCCUGAACCCGGCGAGGAAGGCCAGACCGCAGGCGCCGAGGCUUCCAGAGACGACUGCUAUCGAGCCCAACAUGGCGUCCGAGGCGGCGGCGCCGUCCUCCCUCCCCGGUGCCAACGUGGACGACGGGCGGUGCGUUGUGGCGAAGACCAAGCUGGAGUUCCCCGGCGAGGUGAAGGCAGAGGAGGAGGAGGAGGUGAAAGCCUCCGUCGGGGAGGUCAGCACAGGGUCAGACGACCUGGAGGCAAUGCCUGAGGAGGAGGAGGAGGGGGAGAAGGAGAAAGAGGAGCUCCCCUCAGAGAAGUCAGACGAGGAGCAGAACGUGUCCGCCAUGGAGGUGGAGUAGCCGCCCCAACUCGAUUGCUCUACGUCUUUUCUUUUCAGAAUUGCAUUUUUUUCUUGGUUAGUGCUCAGGCGAUUGGGAUAGAAUUAUUAAAAGGCGAUUUUAUCAAACGCAUUUGUCUGAAGCGAUUUGUGGGGUUUUUUCUAGGAGGGGAAACUGAAAAUAGGAAAUAUCCGAGUUGUGUUGUGUUAUCGCGUUCUUUUUCUCCUCGUAUCAUAAAGUUUACGUUUUAUUUUUCACAAUCAACCGGAUUCGUGACUGAAUGUACAGUUUUGCAAGGCCUCCACGGGUGCAAGCGCCAUUCUCUGUUGUUGUUGGAAAUACCUAUUUUUAUACAUAGAUAGGAAAUGCUAUUUAUUGAUAGCUCUCAAUACUGUGCCUCUCAGGGCUGUAUUGGACAAUGUAGCCCCCGUAGCACCUGAGCUCAACAUGUUUACACAUCUCUUUAGCGCUAAGGAUGAUUUACAGAAGAGAUAUUUAUUGCUGAAAGAGGAAAAAUAAGAUGUAUGCUGGUGGUGUGCAUCUCUCUAGUGCCUUAGCGCUUCAAGGCCAUCAUGCACUUUCAAUAGGAUGUUUGAUGUGGAGGGGGAACGACCAGCCAUAUUAGUUUGUUUCUUAUGUAUUUAUGAGUAACCUGUUUCCCCUUACUUAUAUUAUCGUUUUCAUACAUCCAGUUUCUCCAGUACAAAUAAAUAAUAUUCUUAUAUUGUCUGUCGAUAUAUAUGUAAUUUUAAUGCUGUAUACAUGUAUGAUAAGGAAAUAAACGUCAAGGAACCGUC